CGCGCACUCCCGCGCUCGCCAUGGCCCAAAUUGAUCACGCGAACAGUCACCGCGCGCUCUUCCGCGGUCGUCACCACUGAAAUACUGCAUGCAGAUCCUCCUCCCGCGCUCUCCCUCGCUCGCCAUGCCCAAAAGCUGCAGCGGAACUUCGCCGCGCGCACUCCCGCGCUCGCCAUUGCCCAAAAGCUGCAGCGGAACAGUCGCCGCGCGCUCUUCCGCGCUCACCAUUGCCCAAUUCUCCCGCUAUGUAUACUCUCUUUUGCCCUCUUCUCCCAGAGACAUUAGCAUUGAUAUCUACCACUCCCUUCUUCUCCCAAUUUGAGUAGAUGGCCAAUUUUGAUCUCAAUUCUUCCCCAUCUGAUUCGAACGAAAUUGUUGAUUACCCGGUGAUCGAUUUGCAGUACGACCUUGAGUUGGCAGCAAGCGAUGAAGAAGGAGGUAGUGGCGUGCACGGCCGAGAUAGACGCUGUCAACGCACGCUCGGACUAGCGGGGCGAGGACGUGCUGGACAAGCCAGCCUUGGUGUCGCUGGAAUCGGACGCGCCGGCCGUGGAGUCACUGGCCUACGUAACUCACGCCUAGGAUUCGCCGGGCGCGGAGUAACCACUACCAGUGCGUUCAUUGGUCGCGGAGUCACCACUACCAGUGCGUUCACUGGGCGAGGACAGGCCAGCCUACGAGUCGUCGGAGGAGGACAGGAGGGGACCGGCCAUGAGCACGAAGAAGUAGGAGAAGGCGGUAUUGGUGACAACUGCCUAGGAAGACGCUGGCAACACAGGCUCGGACUCGCUGGGCGAAGACAUGCCGGACGCGGGUUCGUAUGUCGUGUUGACAACAGACUCGAAGUCGCUGUACAUGGACGCGUCGGCCACGGAAGCACCAGGACCAGUGGCCUCGUUGGGCGCGGACUGGAGGGCAUCGAAGGAGUAGUAGGACUCGCCGGAGGAGGACUUGAGGACAACCAUGACGGCCAGGAAGAAGAACAUGCUCAAAUGGAUGAGGACGGUGACGAGUCUGUAUCAGCACGCCCUGAAACGAAUCAAUGUGACAAUGUCAUUAGAAGUAAGCAGCACACCGAUGAAGACAAACGUGCUAUAUAUGCCAUUCUCUUGCAUAGAACUUCCUUUGGCAUAUUGAAGCAUAGAGUGACCGCGGCAGUUGCUGCUGAAACUGGUGUGCCUUUGAGAACUGUUCAAAGGAUAUGGAAGAAUGGAAAGGAUGGUGGGGUACUAGGAGUGGUGAGCAAGAAGCCAAAUAAUUGUGGCCGCAAGCGAAUUGCUUUCGAUCCCGAAGCCAUUAAAGGUAUAUCGUUGCAUAAGAGGACUACUCUUAAGGAUAUGGCGUGUGAGAUGCAUAUGUCAAAGACCACAUUGUUCACGCGGUUAAAAGAGGGUAGGUUUAGGCGGCACACAAAUGCAAUCAAAUUUACGCUAACAGCUGAAAAUAAGAAAGCUAGGGUUCGAUUUUGUCUAAACAUGUUAGACCACACUAGCUUGCCGCACCAACCAACUUUUCAGGGAAUGUAUAACAUCAUCUACAUAGAUGAGAAAUGGUUUUAUCGGACGAAACAGACACAAACAUACUACUUGGCGCUCGACGAGGAGGAUCCAGAAAGAACCACACAAAGCAAGAACUUCAUAGAGAAGGUUAUGUUUCUGGCGGCUGUUGCGAGACCUAGGUAUGACAUGGAUGGUAACAUGACCUUUGAUGGAAAAAUAGGCAUAUUUCCAUUCACUUUCGUGGAGCCAGCUCGGAGGUCGAGUGCAAAUAGGCCUCGUGGUACAUUGGUAACCAAGGUUUUGCCAUCAGUCACCAAAGAUGUUAGUCGUGAUUACAUUGUGAACAAGUUGUUGCCGGCUAUCAAGGAGAAGUGGCCCGUGGAGGAACAUGGUACCCCAAUAUUCAUACAGCAGGAUAAUGCGAAGACACACAUUGCAGUCGAUGAUCCAGAGUUUAUUCAUGCGGCCUCAUCGGAUGGGUUUGACAUUCGGUUAAUGUGCCAACCGCCGAACUCUCCUGACGUCAAUAUCCUAGACCUUGGUUUUUUUGCAGCACUUCAAGCAUUGUUCCAUAAGUCAUCUCCUUGUGGUGUAGAGGACAUCGUCGCGAAGGUAUUACAAGCGUUUGAUGAGUAUCCGGUCGAGUCGAGCAAUCGUAUUUUCCUCACCCAUCAAUCUUGCAUGAGAGAGAUUCUGCGGCUAAAAGGAGGGCAACACUACAAGGUUCCACACUUGAGGAAGCAGUUUUUAGAGAGACAUGGUGAACUUCCGAUUAGGUUGCAAUGCGAUUCUACCAUUAUAAACGAGGCAAUGGAGUUCCUCAGUUAAUUUUAUCAAUGUUUAAUCCAUGUAAUGUUGAACCAAGUUUAAUCUAUCUUACUCGUUUCCAUGCACUAAUUGGAACUUCAACUCUUUUCCAUCAGUUAAUUUUUAUCUAUGUUUAAUCAGCUGGUUUUGCACCAUUAGUUUUUCCAAACCUGCACCGUCUUAUAC